CCGCCGGUAGAAGAACAGGGGGUUCUCGACGGAGCAGCGCAUUAUUUGCUGCAUCUUUUUUCGCCGGCUUGAUUGGUAACCCCGACAACAAUUCGCUAGUCAGUGCCUCUUCGACAACGGAACAGCCGACGCAGCUGUUCGUCUUUGGUGCAUCUUCAUCAAGCGCUGGUGCUGGAGGCACUGCAACAGCAAGUACAAAUCCAACUCGACGACGUACGAAUUAUAAUGACAAAAAUGAUCGAAGCCGCUCGCAAACGCGCUCGAGCUCGCGCAACCGGG